AUGAGGUAUGAACUUACAAAUGAGAUGGAGGUUGCUGCGUCCGCUGAAGAUAUAUGGGCAGUCUACAGCUCCCCAAAUCUUCCUAAGCUCAUUGUCGAGUUACUUCCAGAUGUAUUCGAAAGGAUCGAUUAUGUCAAAGGAACUGGUGGUGUUGGUACCAUUAUUCAAGUCAUAUAUUCUCCUGGCAUUGUCCCGAGGAUGUUGAAGGAGAAAUUUGUAACUAUCGAUGACCAUAGGCGUUUGAAAGAAGUACAUCAGAUUGAAGGAGGACAUAUAGCCAUGGGUGUAAAAUUUCACAUGAUCAGUUUCAAAAUCAUAAAGAAAGGAUCUGAUUCAUGCAUUAUCAGAUCAAAAAUUGAAUACAUAGUUCCUGAUGAUUUUGCUGCUAAAAUUGCCCCGCUCAUCAAUGUUGAAGGACUUGUUGGUAUGGCUCGUGCGAUCACAAAAUAUGUUCUUGAUAAUAAGAGAAAUUAAUAAAGUAUCUGAUG